GUCCGAACCAACAACUCUGCCGGACUACCGACACAUACGGCAAACGUACCCCAGACUUUCCCGGACGACAGGUCUCCAUGCUCGUUUACAUGCUUUCAAAGGAUUGCGAUAUCUGACUCUCAAGGCCCCCACUGCGCAGAUCGGCGGUUCCGCGCCGUUGGGCAAUUCCCCUUGUUUCCAUCUUGUCAAGAACGCACUGAUCUCUUCUCCCAUCCCCUCACAAUGAGUGUUCAAAGAACCGGCAACACCCAUCAGGCUAAACGCCCGCGACUCGGCGAGCGUACCAUGUUGGCCUGCAUCGGCUGUAAGCAGAAGAAGCUCAAGUGCGACGGACAAAGUCCCAAGUGCCAGAACUGCGUGAGGACUGGACGAGACUGCCUCGUGGAAGACCCCGGCACCGGCUUGCACCGCCCGCGCGACUAUAUGAAGUCGCUGGAGGCACGCGUUGCCUAUCUGGAAGGUCUCUUACAGCAGGCCCGUCCUGAGGUCGCUCUCGAUCACUUCGGUGUCAACAACGAGGGUGGUGGCCGUGGUCGCGAAGCAGACCAGCACGCCGCCGCCGCCGCCUCUUCGCACAACGGCGGCCCUACGCAGGCAAUGUCCAUCAUGCACAUGCCGUCUGCUCUCACCCCGAACCUCCAGGCGCACCACUCCUCAUUCGAAGAUGUGGACUUCUCUCGGCCGCUGCGUGCGCCUUCGGUAGAUGCCGAAGAUCAUCAUGUCGAUACCUUGUCGUCAGAGGUUGCGCUGCUCUGUCUCAGUGCGGCUGGCCGAGAGCCGCAUUACUUCGGUCCUUCGUCUGCUGUCUCCUUCUCGCGCAUCGUCAGCGCUACCAUGGGCCUUGCCAGCACUGGCGGGAGCUCACAACAUAGCCAUGCAGGGCCGGGGAAAGAUAUCAGCCCCGAGGUUGUUCGAGAGGUCCCGUUGAGAUUACCGUCGCCGACUCUGAGGGCAAACUUGUCGGAGGCGUACUUUAACAACAUACACCCUCAGUACCCAUUUCUUCACAAGCCGACGUUCCAGAUUUGGGAAGAGACCUGCCUGAAAGCAAGUCUCGACGGAGAUUUGAGUCGCGUCAACGGGUCGACACUCUUCUUCGUCCUAAUGGUCUACUCAAUAGGGUCUUUAGUUCUUGGUCAAAGUCAUUAUGAUGCUGCUGAGGCUUAUUACUCUAUGGCCUUGGAUCACAUCUCAGCAGUUCUGGAUCUCGAUAGCCUCGAGUCUAUUCAAGCAAUAUUAGCUUGUGCCGUGUAUUCAAUCAGAUCUCCUGUUGGCGUAAGCCUGUGGAAAGUCUCUGGCAUGGCUAUACGUCAUUGCAUUGAGCUCGGCUACCACCGGAGUGCCGAAAGAUACCACAAGAAUACAGAUGCACUGACAAAAGAGAUGUCCAAGAGAUGUUUCUGGGUUGCGUAUGACAUUGACAGGGUAGUUGCCUUUACACUGGGUCGCCCAGUUGGUAUUCCAGAUGACUCGAUUGACGUCGAGUUGCCACUUGAUAUCGAUGAUGAAAACGUGACUUCGGGAGGACUUUUGGCAGCCUCACGCACAUCCAGCACAGAUCCACCGACACUCAUGACCGGCUUCAUCCACGCCAUCAAACUAAGACGUUUAUGGACAAAGAUCAGCGACAACCUCUAUCCACCCACAACUCGACGGUGCGGCUGUGGACACACAGCGACCAUCGAGAGUCUACGGCAAGAACUAGAAGAAUGGCGCGCAAAGACCCCCGAUCAGCUGAAUUAUUCGAGAGCGCACCCACUAUCCGUCUUCACCUCCCGCUCCUGGUUCCAGCUCGCCUACGACCACUCGAUCCUACUGCUCUACCGCCACUAUAUGAUGGGCGGAUCAACCGCAAACCACCCAACGCCAGACGGCGGCGGCGCCGCCGGCAGCGCCAGCCACGGAGGAAACCUCAACGAUAACGAAGCCACAGAGCGGGUGCUAGAAGAGUGCGCGCUGCGCGCGCGAGAGAUGUGCAUGCUUUACCGCCGCGUCUACCAGUCCUCCUCGGUCCAGUUCACAUGGGGCAGCCUGCACAUCCUCUUCCUCGGCGGGCUGACGUACCUCUACUGCCUGUGGCGCUCCAAGCGCGUCCGGGACUCGACGAGGCAGGCCGACGUCGUCACGACAUGCAUGGCGUGCACCACUGUCCUCAUCAUCAUUGCCGAGCGGUGGAACCUGGCGACGUCGUACCGGGAUAUCUUUGAGGCGCUGUCGCAGCGGACGAUUAGCAUGGUGUGCAAUGACGGGCAGAAGCCGGCGCCUAGUCAUAAUGCUUCGUUGCCGGCCAUUGGGCCGGGCCCGGGGGCGGAUAUGCAUGCUGCUUUUGGUGGUGGUGGUGCGGCGCCGUCGAUGCAGGAUUGGAUUAUGGGGUUGGAUGACUUGUCGAUUCCGCAAGAGUCUGAGUGGCUGGUGCAAGAGUUGCUUCAAGGUGUUCGGGAUUAUUAGCUAUUACGGCUGAUACGUUGGAACAGAUACCAUGAUUUAUGAUGAAUGAGGUUGUGAUAAUAAUUAGGGGGCUAUAAAACGCCGGCUAGACAAAAUGAAGUUAUUCAACUUCCAACAAAUACUACGAGUCUCCAAAAUACCAAGUGAAGU